UCUGGCCGUUGAAACGGACCAGGCCUUUGGCGAACAUGGCGCUUGUUCCCUGUCAGGUGCUGCGGGUGGCCAUCCUGCUGUCAUACUGUUCUAUCCUGUGCAACUACAAGGCCAUCAAAAUGCCUUCGCAUAAGACCUACGGAGGGAGCUGGAAGUUCCUGACGUUCAUUGAUCUGGUUAUCCAAGCUGUCUUUUUUGGCAUCUGUGUGCUGACCGACCUUUCCAGUCUUCUGACUAGAGGAAGUGGCAACCAAGAGCAAGAGAGGCAGCUCAAGAAGCUCAUCUCUCUUCGGGACUGGAUAUUAGCUGUAUUGGCCUUUCCUGUUGGGAUUUUUGUUGUAGCAGUUUUCUGGAUCAUCUAUGCUUAUGACAGAGAGAUGAUAUAUCCGAAGUUGCUUAAUAAUUUUAUCCCAGGGUGGCUGAAUCAUGGAAUGCAUACAACGGUGUUACCCUUUAUAUUAAUCGAGAUGAGGACAUCCCACCAUGAGUAUCCUAGCAGGAGCAGUGGACUCACAGCCAUAUGCACCUUCUCUGUUGGCUAUAUAUUAUGGGUGUGUUGGGUGCAUCAUGUAACUGGGAUGUGGGUGUACCCUUUCCUGGAGCACAUUGGUCCAGGAGCUAGAAUCAUCUUCUUUGGAUCUACCACCAUCUUAAUGAAUUUUUUGUACCUGCUGGGUGAAGUUCUGAACAGUUAUAUCUGGGAUACACAGAAAAGUAUAGAAGAAGAGAAAGAGAAGCCUAAAUUGGAAUGAGAUAUAAAUCUACAAUGAGGAACUGGAUUGAACCCAUCAUUGAAGAUGGGGCACAGGCAAUGAAUGCAGAAAAGGACAUUUCAAAGAAAGCAGUGGAAUCUGCUUCCAUCGCUCUGCCCCAGAGAGCAAGAGCUCCUUUUAUAGAUGAAUACAUACAAUGGAAUACACUUAUUUCUAAAAGAACCUGGUGUUUUAAAUAUUUUUCCAAAUUCAUUAUUAAUGAUAAUGAUAAUGUCAUUUCUUUUUUCCUCUUCAAAUUUUUUAAAUCCACCUUUGGAUUUUAAUUUCUAUAAUCUUAAAUCCAUUAAAUCAAGGAAUAAUAAAAUUUUAUGGUGUU